AUGAUUUUGCUGUGCUAUAUUCUUUUAUUACCCUUCUGUUUUGCCUGGGCCGCCAGGCUAGUGCGGCACGAUGAGCACUUUACUCCGGAUGUGGUUCUCCGUGUCACUGCUAAGGAAAUUCCAAUUGCUUGUACGACUCGUUUCACAGUGGUCAUCAACGAAACCACACCAGGGCCAUUGAUAGUCCUCAAUGAAGGAGAGGUGACCUGGAUUAGGGUCUACAACGAUAUCACGGGACAAAACCUAACCAUGCAUUGGCAUGGACUAAGUCAGUCAGCUGCUCCUUUUUCAGAUGGUUCUCCUAUGGCAAGCCAGUGGCCGAUACCUCCAGGUCACUUUUUUGACUAUGAAGUGCUGCCCCAAUACGGUGAAGCGGGGACAUACUUUUAUCACUCCCAUGUCGGCUUCGAAGCUGUCUCGGCAACAGGGCCUUUGAUUGUGCGCGACCCCCAUGAUUCCCCCUAUCUCUACGACGAAGAACGCAUUAUCGUCCUGACAGAUUAUUUCAACAAGUCUGAUGCGCAAGUGGAGCAAGGCCUAACCUCCAAUCCGUUUAUCUGGAGUGGUGAGACUGAAGCUAUUCUUGUGAAUGGCCAGGGCACAAUCAACAAUUCCACUUCAGGAGCGCCCUCGUGCUCUCUUGCUUCAUUGAAGGUGGAACCAAGCAAGACAUAUCGAUUCCGUAUUAUUGGUAGCACGGCUCUUUCUUUCGUUUCAAUGGCAUUCGAGGGUCAUGACAUGACGAUUAUUGAAGCGGAUGGAGGCUACACUCAGCCCUUGCCAGUCACCCAUCUCCAAGUAGGCGUGGGCCAACGCUACAGCGUCUUAGUCCGAACCAAAAGUGCACAAGAGCUUUGUGCUGAAGGUCGCAUGAGAUUCUUUCUACAGCUUGAGUCAAGAGAACGGCCCACUCUCACACGUUCAUACGCCGUGUUCGAGUAUCCGAGAGAGAAGUACGAUAAUAUUCAGCCCCCAGAGAUUCCACCUAUCGAGCUUCCUACUACGACUUAUAACUGGGUUGACGACGACCUUUCCGCCCUCUUCCCAAACGACUUCCCUUCGCUAGUCAAUGUCACCAGACGGGCAAAAUGGGGCCCCUUGGACGAGACAUUCCCGCAAACACCAUAUCUUGUGGCGCUCUACCAGAACAACGAAGUGGCUCUUCCAUCAUACGACGUGGCCAUUGCAAAUGGCCUAGGAAUUGACCCUCGCGUCCGAGCUUUCCCGGCCAAAAUCGGAGAGGUGCUAGAAAUCGUGAUCCAAAAUUCCGGCUCAACUACCGGAGGACUCGAUGUGCAUCCUUUCCACUCACAUGGCUUACAUUUUUACGAUAUUGGAAGUGGGCCAGGAACCUACAACGUCACUGAAAAUGAAGCAUUGCUAGCGUUUCGAAGGCCAAUCAAACGUGACACAACAAUGCUUUAUCGCUACUCCACAACCGCACCUACAGGACAAGAUGCGGGGUGGAGAGCAUGGCGUGUCCGAGUCACAGACCCUGGAGUGUGGAUGAUCCAUUGCCAUACCCUACAGCAUAUGAUAAUGGGUAUGUAUUUGGUUUCCCUUCCUGCUUUGGGCUCCCCGGAACCGAACAUUUCCUCGUAA